GCUCUCCCUUCACUUCCCCCUUCACUUUCCCUUCUCUAAUCCCUCGCUUGCUCGCCCUCUCUUCCUUUUAGGUGUCUCCUUCCAGUAUAUAGACUUCCUCACAAUGACAGGCCGCAAGCCUCGCCGACAAAACAACAACACUAACAGUAAUAACCACCCCCAGAGCUACAAUCACAACCACCGUCGCCAUCUCAGUCAAGGUGCCCCCCAGCCCUCCGACUACGAAUCCGACUUUCAAAACUACUUCUCCGACACCCAGCAACUUCCCGACCAACAAGAAUCCUCGAUGCCCCCUUCGCUCCGUACCAACGAGGAGUUGAAUCUCUCCGUCCUCCGCCGCCACAACCCCGCCAUCACCUCCAUCCUCUCCCUCGCCCAAUACUCCGUCGUCUAUAUCUUCAGCCCAUCCUCCCGACAAUGGGAAAAGAACGGUAUUGAAGGCUCACUUUUUGUCUGCCAACUGACACAAGGCACCCUAGGCGAGGAGCGAUACUGUGUAUUCGUUCUCAACCGACGGGGUCUGAAUAACUUCGAUCUUCUCCUCACCGACGGCGACAAUGUCGAGAUAACCGAAGAAUAUAUUAUCCUCAAAUCCGACUACAACCCCGACAACCUAGACACGGGAGGUGCUGCGGGCGAUUACAACAAUAACAACAAUAGCGGCAACGGUACCAAUGGAUCUAGCAAACCCGGAAAUAACAACACCAAUGUCCGCAUCUACGGUCUCUGGAUCUAUUCGGAGCCUCCACCUAAUUCGACGGCCGAGACACGCACCAUAAACGCUCAGAUGAUUCGUGAAUGCGCUACUCAUGCCGGGCAGAGUAUGAGGUUGGCGCGCGAACGGCUGGAAGCGACACACCAGAAUGGUCUGCACGUCGCCGCCGCCGCGGCAUCCGUGACCGCGCCUCCGCUGCAGGAGGUGCAGUCGAGUGUGCCGAUGGGCCGACAGAUCUCACUCAAGGAUCUCUUUGGGCAGCAGCGGACGCAGGAUGAUGAGUGGAGUGUACGGGCACAUCAACUUGGACCGGGCGAGUGGCAGCAACCGCCGCCGGUGGGGAUGCCUAGCGCAGGAGCAGCUCCAGCGCCACAGCAGGAUGUGUUGGGGGAUCUGUUUCGGAGGGCUGGGCUAGCGUAUCAGGGGGGUCAGUAGUGCAGCGCUACUGGCUCUUUGACUCAAUUGUUCCCUGAUGAUCUUCAUCACGAGAUAUGCCCGAGGCGUAACGUGAUCCCGCCAAGAGAUACCCAUGAGCUCCUACUCUUUAUAGAGUGCUAUAUGAAACCUUCGUCCAUUAAUCCCUGAACCCGUGGUCUUUAAGCGUCUAGUCUAUCAUCCCAGCCACGCAAUUCCGGUAAUCAAUCAGCAACAAUAUCCAUCACCAUCCCCGCCACCUUACUCGCCGUAACAUCACUAUGAC